AUGAACGCUUUCAGGCUGUUAUACGCUUCCCAUGUUAUCCCAAGACUUGAGUAUGGUGGUGUGGCGACGUUUUCCUGCACGGCCGGUGAACUGGCUAAGUUGGAGCGCGUACAACGUGCUGCCACUCGACUCGUUGUUGGACUACGCGGGGCCAGUUAUGAAGGUCGUUAUCAGGCUACUGGUCUGUUCCCAAUUGCGUAUCGACUCCUCAGGGGGAACCCACUUGUUUACGUUUCAGCCAGAGGUCCUCAAUCCGUGACCUAG